AUGGAGAGCAUGGUUGAAAAAAAACGUUCAGGAUUCUCCACCGGGUGGCAUCUCCCCUCUCAACUGAAGGCGAGACGUGGGCUGCUGUUCCAUCAUGACUCGCCUAUACUGCUUUUCUCGGUUGUGCUCCCUCUGAUGGUUCUUGCACCACUAGUUUCUCUCGACUGUUUUGCAUGUCGGGUUUGCACAGCCCUGGCUGACUCCGUCAGCGGUCGUGAGACUGAUACCGAUUGGAGUGAUACAUACAGAUGGACUGAAACAGGAGAUAGUACCACAGUUGAAGGGAGCGGCGGUGUUACAGAAGUAAAAGAGGGCAACCCAACUGAAGGGAUCAGCGGUGCGAUAGAAGCAGAAGACCGCACUACGGUUGAAGGAAGCGGCGGUGCUACAGAAGUAUACGGCGGUGCCGCGGAAGUAUAG